AUGGAGCAGCCAUCGGUGCCACCUCUACCGUCGCUCUCCCCACAACCACUACCGCCACAACCCGCUGUUCAAGGCGGCGGCGGUGGUGGGUGCCAAGUUCGGUGUGCGGGUUGCAAGAUGAUAUUGACGGUGGGACCGGGACUGUUGGAGUUUGUGUGCCCUACGUGCCAAUUGCCGCAGAUGCUGCCGCCCGAGCUGAUGCGGGCCCAACAACAGAGAACAGUGCCGGCUCACGGCAUUGAUCCAACCAAGAUCCAGCUACCCUGCGCUCACUGCAAGGCCAUACUCAACGUCCCUCAUGGCCUCUCUCGCUUCAAUUGCCCUCAGUGUGGCGUCGACCUCGCCGUCGACCUCUCAAAAAUGAAGCAGUUCUUCCCAUCACCUCCUCCUCGACUGCCUCCCCCACUCGAAGAAGUCAACGAGGAAUGCCCAGGAAAGGGUAUGAAGCCAAUUGCAGGCUUUUACUUAUAUUAG